GCCGCGCGGGGGCUGCCGGAGAGCGGUGCGGUUCCAUGGCGGAGCCGGCGGUGAGCGGGCCCCCCGGGGGGCCGCAGCCCCGCGCCCGGCGCCUGGCGGCGCUGCUGAACCGCAGCCUGCGGGUGCGCAUGUCGGACGGGCGCACGCUGGUGGGAGCCUUCCUCUGCACCGACCGCGACGCCAACAUCAUCCUCGGCUCCGCGCAGGAGUUCCUCAAGGCUGCGGAUGCGUUCCCGGGCAGCGAGCCGCGUGUGCUGGGCCUGGCCAUGGUGCCUGGGCACCACAUCGUGUCCAUCGAGGUGGAGCGCGACGCUGCCGCCGCCCUGUGCUCCUGACAGCCCCCCAUGGGAUGGACCCGCGAGUCUUGUGCACCCCCUUUGUACCCUAACUGGUGAUGGACCCCAGCCAUGCAAAAUGACCACCGGAAUUGCAAUCCCCUCAGCCCCAGCAGAGCCCCCGUCGUGGCCGCACUGUCACCACGCGAUGCCGUCAUUCCAGUCCCCUGCAAAACAGGACACAGAUGCCCCUUCCUCCCCCAAACACUCCGUUUUCAGCCUGAAACAGAGUUGUGCAGGUUAAUUUAAUCUCAGGAACAAAAUGUUUCAGUGGGCGAGAGGGGCGGAGGGAACACACAGCAGUUCUGGUCCCUCCUAACUGCGAUAAAAUGCUGCGGCCAAGGGGGGUCAGGGAGGAACAGGACUGAAGGGGGGGGAUUGCACAGCGGGUCUGGGGCAGCCCCAGGGUUCCACAGGGCAGCCACCGUGGUGGGGAGGAGUGGGAGGGGGCCGCUGAUGGGGCUGUCCCCCCAGGUUGCAGUGACACUGAGACACAGCCCCCCAGCAAGGACACCCCAGGGACCUGCACCGGGAGUCGGGAACCCCAGAGCCGCCCUCCCCCCCCAAUAGAGCAGAUCAUUUACAAAAUACAGAUCCCCCAAAUGCCCCCCAGGGACAGUUUUCGGUUGAAAUCUGGGAAGGGUCUGUCCCAGCUCCCCCCGCCUCCAAGGUCCCUCUUAUUGCUUUGUGGGUAGGGAUGGUGGCAGAACCCACCCCCAGAGCCCCCCUGUGUUUUGGGGGCUGCGAGACCCCCUUCACAUUGUCGGGAAAUGGGGGCACUGAACCCUCCCCCUUGCACAAGAUGAGGGUCACUGGGGACCCCCCGCACGGUGGGGUCCCCAGUUUCCCUCUCUACUCUGCUCUUGUGAGGCCCCAUCUGGAGUACUGUAUCCAGGUAUGGAGCCCCCAGGACAAGAAAGACAGAGAGCUGUUGGAGAGGGUCCAGAGGAGGGCCACGAAGAUGAUCGGGGGCUGGAGCACCUCCCCUACAAAGACAGGCUGAGGGAGCUGGGCUUAUUGAGCCUGGAGAAGAGAAAGCUGCGGGGUGACCUCAUUGCAGCCUUUCAGUACCUGAAAGGAGCCUAUAAACAAGAAGGGAGUAAACUCUUUGAAAGGGUAGGUAACAGCAGGACAAGGGGGAGCGGUUUUAAGUUGAAAGAGGGAAGAUUUAGGUUGGAUGUUAGGGGGAAGUUCUUUACCAGGAGAGCGGUGAGGUGCUGGAACGGGCUGCCCAGAGAGGUUGUAGAUGCGCCGUCCCUGGAGGUGUUGAAGGCCGGGUUGGAUGGGGCCCUGGGCAACCUGGUCUAGUAAAUGGGGAGGUUGGUGGAGAUUCGUGAUCCUUGAGGUCCCUUCCAACCCAUGCCAUUCUGUGUUUCUGUGGGGGGCAACAAAAGCUUCUGCGAUGAGCGGGAAGAGUUGAAGACUGAUUUCUGUUAAUCACAAAAGGUCUGUGUGCUUGUGAAGAGAUAAAUUAACUUAUUUAUCACUUUA